GAGGGUUUUGUAUCUUAUACAAUUAUAUAUUUUUCUUAUUAAAUUGCAGUGUCACCUUUGAGGCACAAACCAAUCAAUAAUGGUUGAGAAACAAAAGGAAGAGGGAGAAAGUAAGAAUGAGGUGAAGGAGAAGAAGAAAAAGGAAGAAGAGCCACAGGAGAUUGUUCUCAAGGUUGAUAUGCACUGUGAAGGAUGUGCUAGGAAAGUCGCCAAGUCUUUGAGAGGGAUUGAAGGAGUUGAGGAAGUAAAGAUAGAUAGCAAGGCAAGAAUGGUGGUGGUGAAGGGAAAAACUGCAGAUCCACUUAAAGUAUGUGAGAGAGUUCAGAAAAAGACUAGAAGGAAGGUGGAGAUAAUUUCUCCUCUCCCCAAACCACCAGCGGAGGAGAAGAAGGAAGAGGCCAAAGAGGCACCACCCGAGGAGAAGAAAGAGGAGCCAAAGCCAAUUACUGUAACUUUAAAGGUUAGGAUGCACUGUGAAGCAUGCGCCCAAGUUUUGCAGAAGAGGAUAAAGAAGAUAAAUGGUGUAGAAUCAGUGGAGACAGAUUUUGUAAAUGAGCAGGUGACAGUCAAAGGAUUUGUGGAUCCAACAAGUUUGAUCGAGGAUGUAUAUCGAAGAACAAAAAAACAAGCUUCAAUAGUCCCAAUGGAAGAAAAGAAAGAAGAAGAGAAUAAACCUUCAGAGGAAAAGAAGGAAGAGAAGUCUGAAGAGGAGAAGAAAGAAGAAACAAAGGAAGAGGAUGAUGGUAAAUUCAAUGCCAAAAAACUUGAAUAUUUGCCCCCAAAGUUGUUCUUGGAAUAUGCCUAUGCUUACCCACCUGAAAUAUUCAGUGAUGAGAAUCCGAAUGCUUGCUGUAUUGUGUAAUUAUUAGUGACUUAGAGAGCAUAAAGACAUCAGAUAUAUAUGUAUGAAUGGUUAUGCAUAAUAUUGUGGCUUUAGAGCUUUGAACUUCAUUAUCCUUUUUAUAUGUUAAUAAAUAAUAUGAAGUUUGUGUUGAGGCAUA